AGACUGGAACACGCUGAUCGUGGGCAAGCUCUCGCCAUGGAUCCGCCCCGAUUCCCCCCUGGAGCACGUGAGGAGGAACUCGGAGGGGGCCCUGAGCCAGGAGCUGGGUUUCGGCGCGUACCUGGGCCUGCCCGCGGUGCUGCUGCCCCUGCGCCAGCGCCACUGCCCCAACCUGGCCCGGCUGCUCUGCAGUCACCUGCACGGCGCCCAGCACAGCGCCAUGGUGUGGGUGCAGGUUCCCCUCGUGGCCCCCGAGGCCGAGCGCGAGGACCUGGUGGGCAACGAGGAACCGGAGCGCGGCGGGGACGAGACCACGUGGGGCUGGUGGCACGACUUCCGCACCCUCUGUGACUACAACAAGCGGGUGGGGGUCGCCCUGGAGGUGGGUCCGGACCUGCCGUCGGGCGCCGCCGUGGAGCGGUGGUUGGGGGAGCCGCUGAAGGCCGCGCUGCUCCCCACCAGCCUCUUCCUCACCAACAAGAAGGGCUUCCCCGUGCUCUCCAGGCCACACCAGCGCCUGCUCGCACGGCUCCUCAAGUUGGAGGUUCAGGUGGUGCUGACGGGCGCCCCCCGCCAUGGGGGGAAGCCCCUGGCCUCCUACCUGCAGUACCUGGAACAUGUGGGGCAGCACCGGCCCCCCCCAUCGGCCUACGAGCUCUUCGCUAGGGGCUACGAGGAUUACCUACAGAGCCCCCUGCAGCCCCUUAUGGACAACCUGGAGUCGCAGACCUAUGAGGUGUUCGAGAAGGAUCCAAUCAAAUACUCCCAAUACCAGCAGGCGAUAUAUAGGUGUCUGCUCGACCGGGUGCCUGAGGAGGAGAAGGACACCAAUGUGCAGUGAGUGCUAUGGGGCGCGCUAUGGGGCGCCCCACAUCGC